GCUGUUCCUACCGGAAGUACCUCCCGCUGAUCGGUCCGUUUGUUUACGGCUGUAAUUUUAGCGAGUUUACGUACAAUGGGGGUCCAAGUGCACAAGCUCACAUCAAAUUCACAUCAUAAAAACAUUCUGACUUCUCUGCAUCAGCUCAGGAUCCAAGGACAGUUGUGUGAUGUUACAGUGCAGGUGGACUACCAGGGAGAUGUUCAGGAGUUUCAGGCCCACCAGGUGAUACUUGCUGCAUCCAGCGGCUACUUCAAGAAAAUCCUUUUGUCCCAGAAUGCAACCAAAGAGAAAUUAUUACUCUCAAACAUGCAGUCCAAUGAUUUCUCCAAGUUUUUGGAAUUUGUGUACUCUGGGAAGAUCGAAGUUACUCAAGAUAAGAUCGGUGAUGUCCAAGCAGUGGCACAGAUAUUGGAUUGUGAGAGUCUAUCAGAGAUUUGCACUGAAGCCGUAAGUACUGGAGUUCCACAAAAACCCAGAGAGAGAACACGUACCUCAAAACACAAACCUCAAGAUGCUUCAGGUAGCACUAAGAAGGGAGAAAAGACAAAAGGCUGUAAAAUGGUUCAUAAUCCUCGUCGUUACUCUUCGAAUGAGAAUCUUCACAGUGAAAAACAAGUUGAGACAAAAAGCAUCGAGGAGAGUGAGAACGGGACUGAAGACGCAGUUCGGCCAAAUGUAAAGGAAGAAAAGGAAGAGACCUCACUGCUGGAGCCUUUAUCUGAUGAUGACUGGGCAUGUGACGAUGAGAUAAAGAGUGACGAUGAGAUGCAGAGUAUUGACCCCUUGUUUAUAUUGGACACAGAGGAGGAGGAGGAGGAAAAAGAAAAACACUUUUUUAAGAGGAAACAAAAAAAAACCUCCACGGCCCAGUUCCUGUGUAACAAGUGCAUGCGGACUUUCCACUAUGAGAAAAGCUACAUGAAACAUGUCAGUACUUGCCAUGGAGAGACAGCAGAUGUAAUCUAUUGCUGUGAAGUCUGCCAGCAGACGUUUGCUCACCGCAGCAGCCUCAAGCUCCACGUAAAAUACGUUCACAGCACUGAGAAGCUUUUUGAGUGUGACACUUGUGCAAAGACCUUUAAACGAAAGAAGGAUGUUGCCCAACAUAAGAGACAGGUGCAUGAACAAAAACAGCAAUACGUGUGCCCUGAUUGUGGGAAGACGCUCAGCUCCAAAGCUACUUUGUCAUUGCACGAGAGGACGCACACGGGCAUCAAACCCUACGAGUGCACCAAGUGUCAGGUCAGAUUCACCCAGAAGUCUGCCCUCAAUAUGCAUCUAAGGACACACACUGGAGAGAGACCGUUUGCAUGUAAUGAAUGUGAUGCCCGCUUCACUCAGAAGCAGAAGUUGGCCUAUCACAAGAGAACACACUCAGGAUUAAAGUCCUUCAUGUGUAACAUCUGUGGGAAAAGUUUUGGGUCUAAAGAAUACCUUAAACACCACUUAAACAUCCACACUGGCUCCAAGCCUUUUAAGUGUGACACUUGUGAAAGAAGCUUUGCUCAGAGGAACUCCCUCUACCAGCAUUUAAAAAUACAUACAGGUGAGCGUCCGUACAAAUGUACAGUAUGUGGUAAACAGUUCACUCAGAUCAAUGCGCUCCAGCGGCACCAACGGAUCCACACGGGAGAAAAACCUUUCAUGUGUGCUCUCUGUAAACGAGCUUUUACUGACCAGUCCACCUUUCGCAGGCACACUUUGGUUCAUGACAUAGAAGCUCCAUGGAGGACCUACCUGGUGAUGGUGGAGGGAAAUAUGGAGGAAAAGAAACCAAGGUCUCCCACUGAGGAAAAUGCAGAACAAGCAGAACCAUGGAAGAAAACUAGCGGAAGUCCAAGUGGUGCUAGCACUGCUCCUGCUGUUUCUGCUCCUGCUGUUUCUGCUCCUGCUGUUUCUACUCCUGCUACCAGUUCUGCUCAUGGUGCUGGUACUGCCCAAACUGAAACAACUGUGGUUCCAACUGAGUCGGUCACUCUCCCAUCCGACUGGACCAGUCAUGGAGCCAUUGCUCUCGUCAACGAUGGUGCUCUUGGCGAUAUCACUGUCGUCCACACUGAGUAUCAGUGA